AUGGCUUCAGCUCAACCAACCACAGCAACCAACGCCGCCUUCCUGAUGGGGACGGAGACACAAAUAGCACUAGCUGAAAACUUUCAAGCAGAGCCCGCCGCCUCGCCUGAGGCAAUAACAGAGGCUCCAGCUGUAGCUGAGCCAGCGGAAGCCGGAGCUCUGGUGGUGGAUGAAAAAGAUAAGGAAUUACAGGAAACGAAGGCUAAGUGGCCGGGUUGGCCGGGGUACAGCGUGUUCCGAAUAGUGGUGCCGGUACUAAAAGUGGGCGGCAUUAUUGGGCGCAAGGGAGAUUUAAUUAAGAAGCUUGUUGAGGAGACCCGUGCUAGGGUUCGCGUUCUUGAUGGACCUGUCACCUCUCCCGAUCGCAUUGUUCUAAUAUCUGGGAAGGAAGAACCAGAAGCACUGUUUCCUCCUGCCAUGGAUGCUGCGAUAAGAAUAUUUAGAAAUCUCCAUGGACUACCUGAUGGUGAAGCCCCUGAUGCAGCUGGAGCUGCAUUUUGUUUGAUUCGAUUAAUUGUGGCAUCAGCACAAGCCACUAGUUUGAUAGGAAGACAAGGCUCUGUGAUCAAGUCGAUUCAGGAGAGCUCCGGUGCCACUGUGAGGGUUCUCUCCAAUGAUGAAUUGCCAAUUUAUGCCAGUUCUGAUGAAAGGAUUGUUGAGUUACAUGGGGAAGCUCUCAAGGUUCUUAAAGGCUUAGAAGCUGUGCUGGGGCACCUGAGAAAAUUCUUGGUGGAUCACACUGUUCUUCCCCUAUUUGAGAAGAAUUAUAAUGCACCAGUCUCUCAGGAACGACAAGUAGACGCUUGGUCUGACAAGACAUUGCAUUCUUCUACUUCAGAGACAGUAAUUGACACUGAUUACCCUCUUCCAGUGAAGAGGGAUUCUCUAUUUCUAGAUCGUGAUAGCUUGAUGGAAUCACGUGUUACUCCUUCUAGGCUUUCCUUGUAUGGACCAGAGUCCAGCCUUGACCUUCGUAUUUCAGCAAUGGGGCGUACUAGUAGGCCUGUUGUAACUCAGAUUGCACAGACAAUGCAAAUACCACUGGCUUAUGCCGAGGAUAUAAUCGGGGUCGGGGGAGCAAAUAUAGCCUAUAUUCGGCGGACUAGUGGUGCUAUCCUCACCGUGCAAGAAAGUAGAGGCCUACCUGAGGAAAUCACUGUUGAAAUAAAAGGAACUUCUUCACAAGUCCAAGCAGCUCAGCAACUAAUUCAGGAGUUCACAAGCAGUCAUAAAGAAUCACUUCCAAGUAGUUACGGCCAGCUGGACUCGACUUCACGGCAUUCCUACGCUCAUUUAGGUAGUAACUCUUACUCAUCGUCGUAUGACAGACAACCUUAUGGUGACUACAGAUCAUCUGGUAUCGGAGGAUAUAAUGGUUAUAGGCUAUGA